AAGAGCGCGUGUUUGUAACGGGAGAAAGUAUAACAGUGUUUAACAAAGUAUACAGUAGGAUAUAGAAUUAUACUUAUGAUAAUAUACCGAAUUCCAUUUCAUAAUCCUCAGACAUUUAUCGUUUCUUCAUCAUUAACAGUUUGAUAUCGCCCGGUGAAUUAUCGGCCCUGGUAUAUAUUAACUAAUACCAGACGAUCGUGUGAUUUUAGCAGACGACAGAAGUCAGGCGCGAAGAACGGACCUAUUACUGUGAUUGAUAGUCUGCUUGACUCGUGUGUAGUUGUAGCUAGAGAGAAGAUUUCGAACGAUUCCUGCAAUUCAUGCAGUUGUCUGUUAGUGUAGUUCUAUAGGAAGUAGCUAGUAAUUAGGUCAAUCUAAUAUUCGCCUUGGAACUAACGUCAUGACAGAUCGCGAUCCAGAUUCGUCAAAGAAUCUCCUCGAAGGUAAACAAAACAACAUGCAACGACCAAAUAACGUCAAUGGAUCCUUCAAGCCGGAAGGAUAUAUGGAGGAAUGCGAUAGAUUAAGGACCCAGUUAUCGCGACUUACGAACUAUUUAUACGGUUUAGCCGCCGUAGUCGUAAUCGGAGGAGUAAUCAUCAUAAGUACUGUCGCAGGUUUGUACGGAACUCUCCGUUACGACAUGACUCAUCAUUCCCAUCAACCGAAAGUUGGUGAACAAAUUGCCAAAAUUUUAGAAAAUAAAGAAAUGUGUUUUUCGUGUAGUAAAAUUAGAUUGGGACCUAGUCCCGAAGAGGAUAAAAUGUUGAACGCUUUCGUUCGAAAAGAUGACAAAAAGGGCGAGCAGUGCUGCGUGGAAACGCCGAAACAAUUAUUGAACCUUUUAGAGCUGAAUACAUUGACAGUGAUCAGUAUAAAUCGUUUUGUGACAAAAAAACAAAGUAAUACGAAGUAA